AGACGUCUGCUCGUUUACUUGCGUUUAUAGCCAAACUUCCACGCAUCUGUUGGUCUGUGCGUAGUGUGCGUUUCUUUUAACCCUCCAGUCGAUUUUCAUUGAGUGACCACUGGUGAACACUGAACAGGGGUGAAAGUUUUUAGGGAACCAGCCACUUACAGUGUUGCUGUUUUAUAUCUACGGUCCUAUAAAAGUAGCUAACUGUCAAUUUGCACCAUGUCGGCGCAAGUUAUUAGCGGCAAAGAAGUUUCUGCGCAGGUGAGGGAGAGGCUGAAGAAAGAGGUGGAGGCCAUGAAGGCCCACGAUCCCAACUUUAGACCCGGGCUUGUAGUCUUACAGGUUGGGGACCGUGAUGAUUCCAAUCUGUACAUCAGCAUGAAGCUGAAGGCAGCCGCUGAGAUUGGAAUAAAUGCAACGCAUGUAAGGCUUCCAAAGACCGCAACUGAGGAAGAGGUUUUGCAGAGUGUCAGAGAGGUCAAUGAAAACUCCAGCAUCCACGGGCUCAUAGUGCAGCUGCCUAUGGACUCGGUCAACAAGAUCGACACAGAGAAAGUCACCAAUGCUGUAGCUCCUGAGAAGGAUGUGGAUGGGUUGACCAGUAUAAAUGCUGGGAAGCUCUCUCGGGGUGACCUGGGUGACUGCUUCCUUCCGUGCACUCCCAAUGGCUGCAUGGAGCUCAUCAGACAGACAGGUGUGUCCAUUGCGGGAAAGCGUGCCGUGGUGGUUGGGCGGAGUAAGAUUGUCGGCGCUCCAAUGCACGACCUCUUGCUUUGGAACCAUGCCACAGUCACCACCUGUCACUCCAAAACCGCUGACCUGGCUGCAGAGAUUGGGAAGGCAGAUAUACUGGUGACUGGUAUUGGGAAGCCAGAGAUCGUGAAAGGAGACUGGAUCAAGGAGGGGGCGGUGGUUAUUGAUUGUGGCAUCAAUCACAUCCCAGACAGCACUAGGGCCAGUGGGAAGCGUGUUGUUGGGGACGUUCAUUAUGAGUCGGCUAAGCAGCGGGCGUCAUUCAUCACUCCUGUGCCUGGAGGUGUGGGGCCCAUGACCGUAGCCAUGCUCAUGCAGAACACAGUGCUGGGUGCCAGGCGUUUCCUUGACACCCACAAGCCCGGGAAGUGGAACAUUUCCUACACCAAGCUCAACCUGCAGAGGCCUGUGCCCAGUGACAUUGUGAUCUCGCGCUCCGGUGUGCCCAAGCCCAUUGACACGCUGGCCAAGGAGAUCGGGCUGCUGUCAGAUGAGGUGGAGCUCUAUGGGAAGACCAAGGCCAAGGUCCAGCUGCAGACAAUCGAACGCCUGAGGUCCCAACCAGACGGCAAAUAUGUGGUGGUUACUGGGAUCACCCCCACGCCCCUUGGGGAGGGGAAGAGCACCACUACCAUUGGCCUGGUGCAGGCACUGGGCGCUCACCUCAAGCUCAAUGUGUUUGCGUGCGUCAGGCAACCAUCUCAGGGGCCCACCUUUGGCAUUAAAGGUGGUGCUGCCGGAGGUGGAUACUCUCAGGUCAUUCCCAUGGAGGAGAAACUGGGUAUUGAGAAGACUGAUCCAACUACUUUGACUGAGGAGGAGAUCACACGAUUCGCUCGGCUGGACAUUGAUCCUGAAUCUGUUACCUGGCAGAGAGUAAUGGACACCAAUGAUCGCUUCCUGAGGAAGAUAACUGUUGGAGAGUCAGCAACGGAGAAAGGACACACCAGAUCGUGCCAGUUUGACAUCACGGUGGCCAGUGAAAUCAUGGCAGUGCUGGCUCUGACCAGCAGCCUGGAGGACAUGCGACAGCGCCUGGCCAAGAUGGUGGUGGCCUCCAGUCGCAGCGGAGAUCCCGUCACCACCGAGGACCUGGGUGUUAGUGGAGCUUUGACUGUCCUCAUGAGAGAUGCCAUCAAACCCAACCUCAUGCAGACACUGGAGGGCAACCCUGUGUUUGUACAUGCUGGACCCUUUGCCAAUAUCGCCCAUGGAAACUCCUCCAUCUUGGCUGAUAAAAUUGCCUUGAAGCUAGUGGGACCAGAGGGGUUUGUGGUGACCGAGGCAGGUUUCGGAGCUGACAUUGGCAUGGAGAAGUUCUUCAAUAUCAAGUGCCGUUACUCAGGGUUACGGCCCCAUGUUGUGGUUCUAGUGGCCACAGUCCGCGCCCUGAAGAUGCACGGAGGAGGCCCAACGGUUACUGCUGGGAUGCCACUACCCAAGGAGUACUUGGAGGAGAACUUGGAGCUAUUGGAGAAGGGUUGCAGUAACAUGCAGAAGCAGGUGGAGAACGCCAGGCACUUUGGAAUUCCUGUUGUUGUGGCUGUGAACGCUUUCAAGACUGAUACAGGCGCUGAGCUGGACUUGAUCUGUAAACUGGCCAAAGAGGCCGGUGCAUUCGACGCAGUGCGCUGCACUCACUGGGCAGAGGGGGGUGCUGGCGCGGUGGCUCUGGGAGAGGCGGUUCAGAAAGCAUCAGAGGCACCCAGCAACUUCCGGUUCCUGUACGAUACAGAGCUGCCCAUUGCUGACAAGAUCCGGAUCAUUGCUCAGAAGAUAUAUGGGGCAGACGACAUCGAGCUUCUUCCCGAGGCACAACAGAAGGUGGAACGCUACACCAGACAGGGAUUUGCCAAUUUGCCUAUCUGUAUGGCCAAAACUCACCUGUCACUGUCCCAUGAGCCUGAAAAGAAGGGUGUGCCCAGAGGGUUUGUUCUGCCAAUCAGAGACAUACGUGCCAGUGUAGGGGCGGGGUUCCUGUUCCCUUUGGUUGGCACGAUGCCAACAAUGCCAGGACUGCCCACUCGUCCCUGCUUUUACGACAUUGACCUGGACCCAGUGACUGGAGAGGUCAACGGACUCUUCUAAGAGACACUAUUCAGGUGGUUUGUUGGACCCUUGAUGCUGGAAACCAUCCCUUCCCACUCUCACCCCAAAUUUUAGUGUCAAGGAUGUCAAUCAGUCUGUUUCUGUUUCAGUCUGUCUCUAUGUCUUUCUCCUAUUCAGUCAUAUUCGCGCACACACACACACACACACACACACACACACACACACACACACACACACACACUUUUGUGUCAAACAAGCUCACCCACUCCUUCCCCCAGUGUUGGAAAGUUAUUGGCAGCCCUGUUAUUAGCAUUCCUAUGAUGUAGAAACCAGAUAUUGUAUUUGAUGUUGCUGUAUGGAUUCUGACGUUCUUUUGUCUCUGACAAUCUGAGAGAAAAUGGACACUGAGCCCAUCUUGGUCACAUUCCCUCACGGCCUGUCAGCAUUCUGAAAAAAAAUAUGUAAAAAAAAGAAAAAACACGCUAAUGUCUGACGAUUCAAACUGAAUUUAAUGGCACCCUGAUGGUCUCUCAGUAACACUUAAUGUACUACAUGGACUGUAUAUUUGAACAAAUUUCUAACCAUAUUUGUACUAAUUGUAAAUGCAUUUCACUGGAUUAAUCUAAAUAACUUGUAUUGUACUGUGAACGAAUCUGCAACCUUUAUCAUUCACUAAUUGUAAGGUGAAAAUUGUAAUGGUAAAGAGUGCAUUUUUCUCAUGAAAUACUGGUGGCAUUCUAAUGUAUGCUUUCUCUGAUAAAUGCAUAAUGUUGAAAUACGUUU